AUGUCGGCGCGACGCCGGACGCGACGGCGGUCCGCCAGACGGCCGGCGGCGCAGGCCGUCCUCCCUGACGAGAUCUGCGAGGAGAUCUUCCUGCGCCUCGACCGCCGCGUCGUCUCCGAGCGCCGGUUCCUCCGCCGCUUCCGGUCCCGCCGCUCCCCUGCAGUCCUCGGGUUCAUCAGUAUGGACAGACACCAAUUCGUCCCCGUCGAUCCUCCCCACCGCUCCGCUCCGGAAGCCCGCGCGCUCGAGCAAGCCGCCGACUUCACCUUCUCCUUCCUUCCCAACCCCAGUGCCAGUGGGUGGUGCUUUCGCCACGCCCUCGGUGGCCGCGUCCUCCUCGGCGGGCGCACCUCCACCAAAACCCAAUUCGAGGAUUUCCUAGUCUGCGACCCCCUGCGUCACCGGUACGUCAAGAUUCCCCGCAUACCCGACGAGCUAAUGGCCUCCACCCCACGCACUGGUACCACGCAUUUGUUACCCGUUUUGGCUCCAGCCGGCGAGAAUGACGAGGAGGAAUCGUUCAGAGUUAUCUGCACUGUGCACCUCAAAGACAAGGUCUACUCUCUUGACUUUGAGGUUACAGAGCCGCAUGGUUGGGAGCAUCUGAAUGAAAGAUUAGCCAUGUCAUGCAAGACGUUAACAGCUACUAGAACUCUAGCAGUGAUGGCGUUCAUCUGUAGAUGA